AUGGCGCCGUCCCCGCCGCCCGUGCUGCCCGCGCUGGUGUUCCUGGCCGCUGCCGCCGCCUUGCCGGCUCUGGGGCUGCAGGCGGCCGCCUGGGAGAUGCGGGUGCCGGGAGGAGCGCGCGCCUUUGCCCUUGGGCCGGGCUGGACCUUCAGGUCGGACACCACGCGCGCGCCCAGGGAGUUGCUGGACGUGAGCCGCCCCGGAGGGCCGGGAGCGGGGAUCCGGGGCUGUGCGCGCCUGGCGGGGCGGCCGCUGCCACUGCAGGUCCGCGUGGCCGCCGGCGGUGCCCCGACGGCGCUCAGCCGGGCACCGAGGGCGCGCAUCUACGCUGCCCGCUGUCGGGCCCGGCUGCGGCGCCGAUUAACCCGGGGCGCGGAGCCGCGCUCUCCCGCCGUCCUCUCGGUGCCCGGGCUCGGCGAGGCGUUCUGCUUCCCGGCCCCGGGCGGCGGCACGGUCUUCACCACCUUGCCCUUCUGCAGCUGCCCGCUGCACCUCGCGCCCCGGUGGUGCCGGCGCGGACGCAGCUGCCCGCCGGCCGGGCUGCGCCUGCUGUGCGCCCUGCGGCGUGGGGCCGACGCCAUCUGGGUGGAGCUGGAGCUGGAGCUGGAGGCCACCCCCGGGACGCCCGCGGUGUCGCCGCCGCUGCCCCAGGCCCGGACGAAGGUGGCGAGACGGUCCCGGAGGGGCGCGGGCAGCAGCACCAGCCCGCAGUUCCCAUUGCCCAGCUACCAGGUGUCGGUGCCCGAGAACGAGCCCGCGGGCACCGCGGUCAUCGAGCUGCGUGCGCACGACCCGGACGAGGGCGAAGCGGGCCGCCUGAGUUACCAGAUGGAGGCGCUGUUCGAUGAGCGCUCCAGUGGGUACUUCCUCAUCGAUGCGGCCACGGGCGCCGUGACCACCGCUCGCGCUCUGGACCGCGAGACCAAGGAUACCCACGUACUCAAGGUCAGUGCGGUGGACCACGGCUCCCCGCGGCGCUCAGCUGCCACCUACCUCACCGUGACAGUCAGCGACACCAACGACCACAGCCCUGUUUUUGAGCAGUCUGAGUAUCGGGAGCGCGUGCGAGAGAACCUGGAGGUGGGCUAUGAGGUGCUGACCAUACGUGCCACCGAUGGUGAUGCGCCUUCCAACGCCAAUAUGCGCUACCGCCUGCUGGAGGGUGCAGGUGGGGUCUUCGAGAUAGAUGCACGUUCCGGGGUGGUGCGCACCCGAGCUGUGGUGGACAGGGAGGAGGCAGCUGACUACCAGCUGCUGGUGGAGGCAAACGACCAGGGCCGAAAUCCAGGACCACUCAGUGCCUCCGCCACCGUGCACAUCGUGGUGGAGGACGAGAAUGACAAUUACCCUCAGUUCAGUGAGAAGCGCUACGUGGUCCAAGUCCCUGAAGAUGUGCCUGUCAACACUGCUGUGCUGCGAGUUCAGGCCACUGACCGGGACCAGGGCCAGAACGCAGCUAUACACUACAGCAUCGUCAGUGGGAACCUGAAGGGGCAGUUCUACUUGCACUCCCUUAGCGGGAGCUUGGAUGUCAUCAACCCCCUGGACUUCGAGGCCAUCCGGGAGUACACCUUGCGCAUCAAGGCCCAGGAUGGGGGUCGGCCGCCUCUCAUUAAUUCUUCAGGACUGGUCUCAGUGCAGGUGUUAGAUGUGAAUGACAACGCGCCCAUCUUUGUGAGCAGCCCCUUUCAGGCUGCGGUGCUGGAGAAUGUGCCCCUGGGCCACUCUGUGCUACACAUCCAGGCGGUGGAUGCAGAUGCUGGUGAGAAUGCUCGACUCCGCUACCGUCUGGUGGACACAGCCUCAACUCUCUUGGGGGGCAGCAGUUCUGGCUCUGAGGAUCCUUCCUCUGCUUCAGACUUCCCCUUCCAGAUUCACAAUAGCUCCGGAUGGAUUACUGUGUGUGGGGAGUUGGACCGGGAGGAGGUGGAACACUACAGCUUUGGGGUGGAAGCUGUGGACCACGGCUCACCACCCAUGAGCUCCUCGGCCAGUGUGUCCAUCACAGUGCUGGAUGUAAACGAUAAUGACCCAGUGUUCACACAGCCUGUGUACGAGCUGCGGUUGAAUGAGGAUGCAGCCGUGGGGAGCAGUGUGCUGACCCUGAGAGCCCGGGACCGUGAUGCCAACAGUGUGAUCACUUACCAGCUGACAGGCGGCAACACUCGGAACCGCUUUGCACUUAGCAGCCAGAGUGGUGGUGGGCUCAUCACCCUGGCACUGCCCCUGGACUACAAGCAGGAGAGGCAGUAUGUGCUGGCUGUGACCGCGUCAGAUGGUACGCGUUCACACACUGCACAGGUCUUUAUCAAUGUCACCGAUGCCAACACCCACAGGCCAGUCUUCCAGAGCUCCCACUACACAGUCAGCGUCAGUGAGGACCGGCCUGUAGGCACCUCCAUUGCCACCAUCAGUGCCACAGAUGAAGAUACAGGGGAAAACGCACGCAUCACCUAUGUGCUAGAGGACCCAGUGCCACAGUUCCGCAUUGACCCGGACACAGGCACCAUCUACACCAUGACAGAGCUGGACUAUGAGGACCAGGCUGCCUAUACACUGGCCAUCACAGCUCAGGACAAUGGCAUCCCUCAGAAGUCCGACACCACCUCUCUGGAGAUCCUCAUCUUAGAUGCCAAUGACAAUGUGCCUAGGUUCCUUCGGGAUUUCUACCAGGGUUCUGUCUUUGAGGAUGCUCCUCCGUCUACCAGUGUCCUCCAGAUCUCUGCCACCGACCGGGACUCAGGCCCCAAUGGCCGCCUUCAGUAUACAUUCCAGGGCGGGGAUGAUGGUGAUGGGGACUUCUAUAUUGAGCCCACCUCUGGUGUGAUCCGCACCCAGCGCCGGCUGGACCGAGAAAAUGUGGCUGUGUACAACCUUCGGGCUCUGGCUGUGGAUCGGGGCAACCCAGCUCCCCUUACUGCCUCAGUGGAAAUCCAGGUGACCGUCUUGGACAUUAAUGACAACCCCCCUGUGUUUGAGAGGGAUGAACUCGAGCUCUUUGUACAGGAGAACAGCCCUGUGGGGUCAGUGGUGGCGAGGAUUCAGGCCAACGACCCUGACGAAGGUCCCAAUGCCCAGAUCAUGUAUCAGAUCGUGGAGGGCAAUGUGCCUGAGGUCUUCCAGUUGGACCUGCUGAGUGGAGACCUGCGUGCCCUGGUCGAGCUGGACUUUGAGGUUAGGAGGGACUAUGUGUUGGUGGUGCAGGCCACGUCUGCUCCUCUGGUGAGCCGGGCCACAGUGCACAUCCGACUCCUGGACCAGAAUGACAACCCACCAGAGCUGCCAGACUUCCAGAUCCUCUUCAACAACUAUGUCACCAAUAAGUCCAACAGCUUCCCCAGUGGUGUGAUUGGCCGCAUCCCAGCCCGUGACCCUGACCUGUCCGACAGCCUCAACUACACCUUUCUGCAGGGCAACGAGCUGAGCCUGUUGCUGCUGGAUCCUGCCACUGGUGAGCUGCAGCUCAGCCGGGAUCUGGACAACAACCGGCCGCUGGAGGCACUCAUGGAGGUGUCUGUGUCUGGUGAGUGGCCUGGGGGUGGGGAGGAGCUGCUCCUGUGGGCCUCCUCGAGAGCCGUAGGGACCUGCCAAUGA